GAGUUCGCCAAAGUCCACCCCGGAAGCUCGUCUCCUCCCGGCAUGCUGUCGUGACCCGGUUGUAGUUUCUAACACAACAUUGUGUUUAGCGUUGUUGACAAUAAUUUUACCUUUGGCUCUAAAUAAACAUACAGCUCCAAUGGACGACCGCGUGCUGGAUCUAACAGCGGAACAAGAAGCUGUGAAAUUAAAAUACCCGCCGAUAAACAAGAAAUAUGAAUACCUGGAUCACACAGCAGAUGUACAGAUUCACUCCUGGGGAAACACUUUGGAGGAAGCCUUUGAGCAGUGUGCCAUGGGCAUGUUCGGCUACAUGACGGACACAGAGACGGUGGAACCCAUUGAUACUGUCGAUGUGGAAUCAGAGGGUGAAGACAUGGAGUCUCUUCUCUUCCACUUCCUAGACGACUGGUUAUACAAGUUUAGUGCAGACCUCUUCUUUGUUCCAAGGGAGAUCAAGGUUGUACACAUUGACAGAAUGCAUUUCAAGAUUCGCUCCAUUGGGUGGGGUGAAGAAUUCUCUCUGCAGAAGCAUCCGCAGGGAACUGAGGUGAAAGCCAUCACAUACUCUGCGAUGCAGAUCCACGAUACAGAAAAACCCGAAAUAUUUGCCAUCAUUGAUAUCUAACAAUACCUCCAAAGGCAAAUCACGCUUGGUUCGUUUGAACUGGAAAAUUUACACUGGCCAAUUUAUGUGGCCUUUUUAUCUGAGGCACUAAUGAUAUACUGUUUUGUGUGUGUGUGUAUGCGUAUACUGUUCACAUGUUUACAUGCAUACUAAUACUCUGGAAGAUGUAAGUAGAUUAUAUUGUGCAUGUAAACAUAGUGAUUGAUGUCUCGUAAGAUGCAUCACUUCAGAAAUCAGAAAAAAAUUAUAUAAAUAAAUGAAAGGUAACAAUAUGCAGGGAAAAGCAUUGCAUGGAAAAAGCGGAACUCUUUAGUUGGAGGUAUUAAGAAAGACAAAUUAUGUUUGAAAUUUGUAUUUUUUUUAAACAAUACAGUCUCAUUCAAGUUGUUAUUUAUGACAAAUUCUAAUUAAAACACUUUUGAUUA